AUGUCCACCCCUAGGCCAAAUGAUCAUACGAUGCAAUCCGAUGAAGAUGCCACGUCCAUGGAACUUGAGAAAGUUCUAUCUGAAUCAAAUCAUGUAUCUUUUGCUUCAAAACCAAACUUUGCACCCUUGAAGGCUCACGAGAUAUCCGAUGGUCAAGUUCAGUUCAGGAAAGUCUCUAUACCACCGCAUCGAUAUACGCCUCUCAAGAAAGCGUGGAUGGAAAUUUACACUCUUAUAUACGAGCAGAUGAAAAUCGACAUUCGUAUGAAUCUCAAGGCUCGCAAGGUUGAAUUGAAGACCGAUCAGACACACCCGACAUCAGUAACCUCAAAAAUGUGUUGUUUUGUGCACACUUUCAUGCUUGGAUUCGACGUGAUUGACGUCGUUGCAGUUCUCCUCAUGGACGAACUCUAUGUGGAGUCUUUUGAGAUCAAAGAUGUGAAAACCCUUCGAGGCGAGCACUUGUCUCGUGCCAUUGGAAGAUUAUUUGGUAAAGGGGGUAAAACUAAGUUUGCAAUUAAGAACUCUACGAAGACUCGAAUUGUGAUUGCAGACACCAAAAUUCAUAUACUGGGUUCUUUUGCCAACGUCAAAAUUGCAAGAGAUUCUCUCUGUAGCCUUAUCAUGGGGUCACCUGCUGGCAAGUUUAUUUGA